AUGGACGUGGACAAGAUCAAGUCCGCUGAUGCGGCGUCGCCCUCGAUUCGUGACCAAGACAAUGGUCCACUCGCUUCUCGUUCCAGCAGCGAUGUAGAAAAGGCUUCAUCAUCAAUCCAGGCGGGUGAAACGGUGCAAUUGCAGCGCAAGCUACAGUCGAGACAUUUGCAAAUGAUUGCGAUUGGUGGCACAAUCGGCACCGGUCUCUUCAUUGGCAGCGGCGGAGCACUCGCAACAGCAGGUCCUGCGGGAUCACUCAUCGCGUACGCCUUUGUCGGUACCAUUGUCUACUCUGUCAUGGUAGCCCUGGGUGAAAUGGCCACCUACAUUCCCGUCUCUGGAGCCUUUACCGUCUACGCAGCCCGCUUCGUGGACCCCAGUCUCGGUUUCGCAAUGGGAUGGAUCUACUGGUUCUCCUGGGCCAUGACAUAUGCACUUGAACUGACAGCCUCGGGCUUAAUCAUCCAAUACUGGGCCCCAAAUCUCAACGUGGGAAUCUUCAUCGGAGUCUUUUGGGUCGUCAUCACAUCCAUCAACUUCCUCCCCGUAUCCUUUUACGGCGAAGUCGAAUUCUGGUUCGCAUCGAUCAAAGUCCUCACUGUCAUCGGCUUCCUCCUCUUUGGCAUCUGCAUUAACGCCGGAGCAGGAGACCAAGGAUACAUUGGAUUCAAAUACUAUCACCACCCAGGCGCCUUUGCCGAAUAUCUCGUCACAGACAAUCCCUCUCUGGCCAAAUUCGUCGGUUUCUGGGCGGUAUUAAUCCAAGCGGGAUUCUCCUACCAAGGCACGGAACUCGUCGGAAUCGCAGCAGGCGAAACCUCCAACCCACGCAAAACCGUACCGGCAGCAAUCAAAAAAACCUUCUACCGCAUCCUCUUCUUCUUCGUCUUCACCAUCUUCUUCAUCGGAAUUCUCAUCCCCUACGAUAACCCUCAACUCCUCUCCUCCAAAUCCGACGCCACCGCCUCCCCCCUCGUCAUCGCCGCACAACUCGCAGGCGUGCAUUCCCUCCCAGGAAUCCUCAACGCAAUCCUCCUCUGCGUCGUCCUCUCCGCCGCAAACUCCAACGUCUACUCCGGCUCACGCAUCCUCGUCGGUCUCGCCGAAGAACACAAUGCGCCCGCGUGCUUCAAACGCACCACCUCCAAAGGCGUCCCCUGGGUCGGAUGUAGCGUCACAGCCGCCUUUGGCCUGCUGGGAUUCAUGAACCUCUCCUCUUCCGGCGGAGAAGUCUUCAACUGGCUUCUCAACAUCGUCGCAAUAGCAGGUUUCAUCUCCUGGACAUGCAUCAACAUUUGCCAUAUUGCAUUUCAACGCGCUUUGUCCGCACGCGGCCAAUCUCGGGAUACGUUACCAUACAAAGCGCUGUGGCAACCGUGGUUCUCGUGGUAUGGGAUAUUUUUUAACACGUUGAUUAUUUUGACGAAUGGAUUUACGGCGUUUAUGCCGUGGAGUGUGACAGAUUUUUUUGUGGCGUAUUUAUCUCUGAUUUUGUUUGUUGUGUUGUAUAUUGGGCAUAAAGUGAUUUAUCGGACCAAGUUUGUGAGAGCGAGAGAGGCGGAUUUGGAUACGGGUCGUAAGGAGAUUGAUGAGUUGUUUUUUGAGGAUGUGGAACCGACGACGUUGUGGGGCAAGUUUUGGGCUUGGAUGGGUUGAUUUGAAUGAGAGAGAGAGAGAGAGAAAAGUUUCCGAAUUGACAGACUAGUUUGUCUUCCUUUCUCUCCCUCCUCUCCACUACCAACAUACAAGGUACAUAUCGC